CCCCAAUGCAUCAUCACCACAGACUCAUCUCUGCCAUGUUCUUUCUCCCGUCCUGAAAAUAAACCGCAUAAACGGUCCGUUUAGUUGCUAAUUUUAUAAGCUAUGAUAAUGUGGACGCCGUGAACAUUAAACGCUGCCCUAGAAUUUGUCGACUUAAGGCGGAGGGACGUUGCACAAUGGCAGCUGACGCUGAGGAUUUCAACUUUGAUGAAUAUGACAAACCUGGUGCUGAGCGUUCCCGCAGAAGAAGGGGUGAUGCUGAUGGUCUCGAGAGUGAUUUGGAAGAAGAUUUGUUGGAGGAAGACUGGCUGUCUGCUAAAAAGAAUCCCUCCGAAAUGUCAGAUGAGGAGUUGAAUGAUGACCUUCUUCAAAGUGAUGAUGAAGACCUGAAUGUCAGCGGUCAGGAUACAGCCUACAGCAUGGGUGCUUCCUAUGACCAGCAAGACAGCUUGCAGGAAGCAGACUACACAGAUGAUGUCGUGAACCUGGGUGCAGAGGGCUAUGAAGAGGAGGAGGGUUAUAAUCAGGACGGUGAAGAGGCCUAUGCUGAGGAAUACAACCAGGGUCACAACACAGAGAUGGACCAAAUCGAUUACAGUGGAGAGCCAGCUGGCGGCGAAGAUGGCUACCAGUACGAAGUGCUAGACAUUGAAAUCGGCGAACCCAUCGAUGGUGAAUUUCAAGAAUUCCAAAGAUCCAAUGGUGAUGAACCUCUUAAUGAAGCUGAAACUAGUCAGGAGGAAGAGGCAGCAGUAAGAGAGCAGCAAGAAAAGGAAGAGCCUACAGAGGAACAUCGGUUCUAUGAGACAGAGGAGGUUGAAAAUGAGACUCUUCCUGGUGAACAAACACAGGAGGAAUCUGACGAAGAGGAUGAUGAAGGUGAAGAAUCUGGUAGAAUACGGUUUAAAUCUGAGAGGAAGGAAGGCGCCGUCGUACGACUGGCGGAUGCCGGCAGUAAGAGGAGGAACAUCCCUGAAACUCUAGAGCUUUCAGAGAAGGCUAAGAAAGAUUUGCUGGAGUUUGAGGAACACGAGCGGCAGAAGAGACACACCCGUCAUGGAGGGCGAGGCAGAGGAGCUGGAAUGGGAGGAGGAGGAGGAGGACGAGGUGGGAGAGGAAGAGGUGGUUUCCCUGGCUAUGGAAUGGCAGACUUUAGAGGAGGUCAAAGAAGAAAAAUGCAUGACCAUAUGCUUCCCCUGAUGGGAAACAUGAACUUACAGCAAUCCUCCCGAAUGCCUUCUCCGCAUCAGCAGCAUCUGCACUCCCAUCAGCACCACCCUUCGCGCCCGAGAGGACCACCUCCCUUCCAGGAGCAUGGGCGCUCCAUUCCCCAGCAGCCCCUUCAGCCCCUGAUCCCCCCUCACAUGGCUCACCGCUCCCCACAGCUGCGGCCCCAGAUGGAGCAACCACCACCUCGAAUGAUGAGCUCCCCACCACCUAGUUUCCCUCAGCAUCAUCAGCAACAGCCCUCUCAGCCCAAAAACAUCCACAUAAAUCCCCACUUCAGAGGACCUGCACAGUCCUCUGUACAAGUGCCCUUGAUGCCUCCUGCUCAGAGCCAAUCCAGACCUGCUGUGGGUCCUCAGAGGUUUCCUGGCCUGGGAGAUUUCCAGCCGCACAUGCCGGCUAAUUUUGGUCCAUCCCACCGACUGCCUCAUCACAUGGAGCCCUUAAGGAACCAGCCACCUCAAGGCCCCCAGGACAGAGAGCCUAUAUUUAUGGGAGACUGCGGAGAAUCAUCCCGAUUUCCAGGGCAGCACAUGUUCGAUCACCCGGGGCCCGGCUCUUUGAUGAACAGCGGCAACAACCUCCACCACCAGCAGCAGCUGCCCGGUCAGGGCCACAUGGGCUUCGGCCCUCCUGGACCACCCUUCAACCAGCCGGGCCAGGGCCCGUUAGGACAUUUUCAGAGAGAACCCCCAAGACCCAACCUCCCCCCACACCAAGGUCAUCAGGGGAUGGCGAACAUGAAUCAACAAGGUGGCCCCCCAAACCAACCCCGACCUUUCAUGAACCCUCGGCAGCCAUUUGGCCAGCAGGGUAGCACCUUCCCCCCUCCACCAUUUCAGUUUGGGAUGCAGGUACGACUAAGAGGCUUGUUACAAACGCCGCCUGUCAACCAGCUGACGCAUCACGACCCCUUAUCACCCCAUUCCAUGCACCAGCAGCAGCCCCACCACCAUAGGCAAGAGAUGCCCCAUCAGCAGCACCAACAGAUAAAUCUCAACGAGCCUCGGCCCAUGUCACAUCAUGGUCAGAAUCCUUUCCAUCAGCAGCAGGGACAUGGUGGCCCCAGGCAUACGAAUCCCCGUUCCCAGAACCCCCCACAGAGGAACAUGUCAAACAGGCAGAGAAUGAGCACACCCGUCUCCAAACAAAUGCAGCAUCGCAACAGCAACCUACGGGAGCUCCCUGUAGCACCUGGUAACACUAACAUGAACAGUUCCUCCCCUGCUGCCAACAUCAAGCCUGUUGCCAGGACAACGCCAGGGACGCGUCCGGGGCAGAACGCUCAGCUGGCGUAUGGUGGCGGCAGAGGAAGAGGCCAAGCUGCGAAGACUGAACCACAGGCUGGGGGGACAGGCAGGGUGGUGACUCAACAGGAAGCUCCAAAUGCAUCAUCCAGCUUAACACCAGAGGACCCUAAUGAAGAUGAAGAGACACGGCAGUACCGUCUGAAGAUUGAGGAGCAGAAGAGACUGAGGGAGGAGAUCCUUAGAAAGAAGGAGUUGCGGCGGCAAAUGCAGGCUGGUGUCCGGAAGAAGGAGCUGCUGGAGAGACUUAAUGCUCAGUCAAAUACACCAAACCAAGACACUACUCCUACACAGGCUCAGCCUUUGCAACCAAAUCAGCAAAAACAGCAGCCAGAACAAAAAGUGCAACAACUGCAGACACAGCAGCAGAGGAUUGUUGCUCAGAGACCACAGCAGUCAGUAAAUCACACAUUAACCAAUCCUAACCUAGACAGCGCCCCUCCUCCUUGCAAUUCUGCUCAGAACCCUGCACUGCGUCCCAACAUCAAGUCGCGCCUGCAGAUGGUCAAAGGGAACACACAGGAGCAGCAGACCCCCAGCUCAGGUCCUGAACAGCAAUGGAAGCCGCCCCAACAGAAUCAGCAGCAGCUACUUCAGCAACAAAGGAGAAACAGUUCUUUGCAGACUGUAAACAGACCUGGCGCUCAAGUUCCUCCAAAAAACGCCCCUCCUUCAGGCCCAUCUCAGACUCAAGGACCUAAAUCUGGGGCUAAAAGAACUGUGAUGCAGCGAGCCAAAAGUUCUGAUAUGGAGGCCCAGCACGUGCCACAAAAAGUCAGAGUUGUCAAACUUUCUGGACCGAGUGGAAAGGGGCCUGAGGCGAGCAGCAGCCCAGUACAGCAGCAAGGCACCUGGCAAGCAGCUCCAGUCAACCAGAGCAUCCAAAGGAAGGUGACCAUGAUGGGACAGCAGCAAACGGGACCAGGUGGAGCACCGGAGGCUAGCUGUGGGGGCACAGGAGAUACACAGCAGAGCAGGGUUGUGGUAUCGGGCCGGGGUCGAGGUAGAGGCAUCGGAAGGGGUCAACCAUUGCCCACUAGGCAAAGCCAGAGAGGACCAGAUAACGCUCACAGUACCGUGUGCAUCCAGGGCCUCUCCUCAUCUACAACUGAAAAUCAGCUCAAGAACCUCCUCAUGUCCAUCGGCCCCGUAGAGAUGUUUAAAAUGAUGCCCCAGCAGAGAAAAGCAAUUGCUAAAUUUUCCAACCCCCAGCAUGCAGCAAGCUUCCAAAUGAGCUUCCAUAGGCACAUGAUUGAUUUGUCCCACAUUGACGUGUCGCUGAUUGACGGAUGAGGAGCGCCACCGAUUCACCGAAGGGUCUCUUUCCCCUGGUUUUGUGUGGGAGUUUCUUGUACCUUGCUCUGCUCUACACGGUUGUGGGAUUAUUUCAACUCGCUCGUCGUCUCGUCGCAGAUUUCAUCAUUCGUCUCCCUCCUGCCUGGACAAGUGAACACAAAGAUAGCUGUGUGCAUGCGUGUGUUUAACUUUGCCUACCAAGAGGCUCUAGAUGUAAAAUAUCUUUGAACAGACACUAAAUACUGACUCCUCUGAUGUUUGAGAACUUUCUUUUUCCCUGUUUCAUAAGGACACUGGUAAAAUCUUUUCAUGAGAUAAUGGUUGCUGCCCUCCUCAUUUAGUUACCUUUAAUAAACACAAAAGGACACCUGAUUGUUAUCUAGCUGUGGCAUCUUGUUGCUUUUUUGCUAUUUUAUGCUUUAGUUUCAUGCAGAUAGUUGUGGCUGUUGCUGGCGUCAUUUUUACUCCCUCUCAGUAGAUGGCACUGUUUUAUCCCUUUGGUGGUUUCAGCCUGAACCUGCUUUUGGGUUCCAUUUCUGGCCAUUGGCGCCAUCUUGUGGGGAUGAUGCAUGCAGACACAGAGGACUGGAUGGGUGUUUGAUGUAGCAGCAACUGAAGCAAAGUUACAUUUCAGAAUACCAAACACUUUGUUGAGUUUGUAAAUACUGUGUGGAUUCUCUGGCUCUCAGAGUUUUCUGGAUUUAGAGUUUAAAUGUUUUUCCCUCUGAAUGUAAUUUGGUCUUUUAGCUGUGGACUGGGCGGCGUUGGGGGAUCAAUCUUUAGUUUGCCGGUGGUAUGAUAGUUGGUCAGAUUAUAGAGUUGCUAAGAUGAAGAGAGUUAUUAUGAUAAUUAUAAUUUGAGGAACUUGAUUUCUUUAAGUUAGCAAAUAUGUUUGGAAGAUUGGAGGAAAUUGUUUUAAUGCAAGAUGUACAGGGCAGAUCCAUUCCUUAUAAUGUUUUUUUAGCUGCAGAUUUGAGAUUUUGAAAUUUUCUGUAAAGGUUGGAACUGAGGAGGAUCCUCAACUGGGAUUUCAAAUUAUUACUGAUUGUUUUAGUAUGAAGACAUGUGUUUUUCUAUAAAUUGGAUGCUUCCUGAUACCCUAAGAAUACAGAAAUAGAAGUUCAGUAAAAAAAAAAAAAAGGGAAAUGACUCCCAUUUCUACACUAUUUUGAUACAUCACUUUAUGCUUUCCCAAAGUUUUCUAUCUUUUAUGAAAUUAUAACUGAAAUCAGGGAUGCCUAAAAUUUCUAAAAUAGUGUUCUCCCAUGAAUCGACUCUUGAAAUUUCUUUAAAUUUAAGUAAGUUUAAUUUCCAUUACUUCUCCACUACAUGUUUGUUUGUAUCGCACAAAAACUGAUCCUGCCUUCUUUAUUACGGAAGAUGGCAACUAAACUUCCAAAAUUCAUUAUUGGCAAAUGUUGAGGGGGGCAACCAUUAUAUUUGUAUUGGUCAUGUAUAUAAGUUAAACCAGACAUGUCACUCUUUAUUAAGCCUUUCAACUUUUUUUUUUUUUUUCCUCCUUUCCUUGUGUUAGUCAUGUUAUAACAAGUUAGAUUUUUAUAUGUAAAGGCUGAACAGAUAUGUCUAGAGAGAAUCUUUUUUUACAAGUGGUGUGUAUCUAUACUAGAGUUAGAAUGACAAACAGCUGGAGCACAUUUCUGUUCAUGUCUUAAAAAAGCAUUUAAAAGAAAACGAAAAAUACCAAUAAAAACAUGGCCAAUAUACCGUAAACAUGCUGGUAUGUGAAGCCGGUUAAACUUUAGCUCUAAUAUGUGUGCUUGGUUAUGUGUGAUGUUCAUGUGUCUGGUGCCUUUUACAAUGACGUCUCUUUAUAUGUGUGACACAUUUUAAUCUUUUGUACUUUGCAGAAGCUGUAAGUUUGUGGAUAUUUUCCCACAGUAUCAUAUUAAUACUUAUGGAAACAUUUCCUAUGUCAGUAUUAAACUGUUUUUAUAAAUUUUUUUUUUUUUAGGCUAAGAUAUUUCAAAACAUCCUACUUCGCUGCUAAACUUUGCACUGAAUUAUCCUGAAACUUUAUCAUGGUGACAUCCGGAUGUGCAGCCUCAUAUUACAUAGACCCAAAUAAUAACUUUACUUGGAUUUAAUUCGGAUGGAAGAAAUUAAAUAACAAGAAAAGGAGUUUUAAAUUGAAAUGAAUAUCUUGGAUAUUUUGAUCAAACAUUCCAUCUGCUGCUUAUCUGGAUGACAUCCUAGAUUAAGAUCCUUAUUUUAUUUUUUAAGCUAAAAUCUUGUUUAAAAAUUAAUUUUUUUAAUUUGACCAUUUUGCAUGCAGCAGUGUUUAGUGGUAUUUGCUUUCUAGCUGGGAAUUAAUUGAAAUGAGGUACUUGAAAAGCAGUUGCAUAUCAUGAAGUUAUUACAAUCGGAUAAGCUGAGGAAAUGAAGCCAAAUGUUUCCAAAAUUCCUUCUUGUAAACAAGAAGCUUCAGAUUGUAUACUUCAAGAUGUUUUAUUCCCUUUAAGUUCAACCAUUUGAAGGUUUCUCUUCACCUGUGUCAUAUUUCCUGUAUUUUAUGUGUUGAAUUUUAAUAUGGUAGCCAAUCCUAUGGAUUUUAAAGGAGUAACAGCAAUGCUGCUUAUAUCAAUAAUAUUAUCAGACAUUGUGUCUUAAUAAUGGCAGACAUAGAUUCAUAUUGAAUCUUUUGUACUUUUAUGAUGAAGAAUUACUUGCAUGAACACUGUGAAUGUUUAAACUGGAUGUGGAAAUAUUGCAUAGAAAAUAUUGCACUGAGCAGUUGAACUAGUAACAACUUCUAUAUUGGGCCACAUAAUGUGGUUACAGUAGAUUUUAUUUAUUUUUUUAUUCGGGGGCGGGGUUAUUUAUUUAUUUAUUUAUUUUUUCUGACCUUUAAUUAAGAAGCUAUGUCAGCCGUUUAUCAUUUGGUUUCAGAAGGUUUAUGCCAGCAUUGGUCAAAGUUGUGACAUAGCUAAUUCCUCAGAACCACUAAUGAAUUGUUUUUGUUUUUUUUAUCAGGUGAAAGGAUUCGGAUAUUCUAUAGAACUGCUGUCAUUUCAAUAUAAUUUUCAUUUCAUGUUUCUUUUUUUUUGUUUCCAGAUUGAUCCCAGCUCUUAAAAGAGGCAUUAGCAAAAGUCUUAAUUGGCUUUAAGCCCAAGUGACCAUACCAAUGGCUAAGCAUGUGGUAACUCUUUUUAUCCUAGCUUGAUAACAUAAUGGUACCUAAACAGGAUUGUUUGUCACUGAUCAGACUGUUGUAACUAAUUUCUAACACUUUUUUUAAUAUUCACAGUGCCUACCUGCAUAUAUUUGUUUGACAGUUAUGAUUUCUAAAAAAGAAAGCGUUCAGGGUUUUACCAUUUUUCAACAUUCAACAUGUUUGUUAGCUAUUAGCAUAGGUAGCAUCGCAAAACAAUGCCAACAUUUCCCAAAAUCGGUGUGCUCCCUAAAUGUAAGAGAAAGCUCAAGAGAAUAAAAUAAUACACAUAUAAGCCUUCCUGUUAUCUGCUGAAAGCUCUGCUCUUUAUCGCUCUCCUGCAGCCUGAAUGCAGCUCACUCUUGUCUCCCCAUGCUAUUCACUGAUUUCUGAGAAAAAGACGAAGCUAGCUGAACAAAUCGAUGGGUUUGUCUUUCUCUUUGAGCAACAACUUUCGUCAUCAAAGAGGGCUGGGAAAAUCAUUUUGACAGUUUGGAAGUGUAUUAUUAUUUUCUUUUGGGUUUGCUGCCACUCAGAAAGAUAGAGAGCUGCAGCUAGCAUGGAGAUCCAUGCAUGCAAGGGAAGUAAGCACUUUUUCGCAUAAAAGUUACGGAAAAACAAGCUUUCAAGAUCA